AUGAGUGCGGCGGAUACGCUGGAGGAUUUGCCGCAGGAUGUCCGCGACGCGCCUGUGCAAGAGGUGCAGAUGCGGACGCGGCUCCUGGAAAAUGAGCUCAAGGUGAUGAAGUCGGAGCAUAUGCGGCUGCUGCACGAGCAGACCGUCAUGAAAGAGCGCAUCAAGGACAAUGCGGAAAAGAUCUCGCAGAACAAAGUGCUGCCCUAUCUUGUGGGAAAUGUGGUCGAGGUUCUGGACAUUGAUCCUGAUAUCGACGAGGACUCAGAGGAAGGGGCGAAUGUCGACCUGACGCAGCGCAAAGGCAAGUGCGCCGUGAUCAAGACGUCGACACGGCAGACCAUCUUUUUGCCGCUGAUCGGUCUUGUGCCUGCGGACGAGCUGCGCCCGGGCGACUUGAUCGGUGUGAACAAGGACUCGUACCUGAUCCUCGACAAGCUUCCCGCAGAGUACGACUCGCGCGUCAAGGCGAUGGAGGUCGACGAGCGCCCGACCGAGACCUAUACCGACAUUGGUGGUCUCGACAAGCAGAUUGAGGAGCUUGUCGAGGCGAUCGUCUUGCCGAUGCAGCAGGAGCAGAAAUUCAAAAACCUCGGCAUCAAGCCGCCAAAGGGUGCGCUGAUGUACGGGCCACCGGGUACCGGCAAGACGCUCCUGGCGCGUGCGUGUGCGGCACAGACGAAUGCGUGCUACCUGAAGCUUGCGGGGCCGUCGCUCGUGCAAAUGUUUAUCGGUGACGGCGCCAAGCUCGUGCGCGACGCUUUUGAGCUCGCCAAGGAAAAGGCGCCGGCGAUCAUCUUUAUCGACGAGCUGGACGCGAUCGGCACGAAGCGCUUCGACUCGGACAAGUCGGGCGACCGCGAGGUGCAGCGCACCAUGCUUGAGCUACUCAACCAGCUCGACGGCUUCUCGAGCGACGAGCGCAUCAAGGUGAUUGCGGCGACAAACCGUAUCGAUAUCCUGGACCCCGCCUUGCUGCGCUCGGGACGCCUCGACCGCAAGAUCGAGUUUCCGCUCCCGAACGAAGAGGCGCGUGCGCGCAUCAUGGAGAUCCACUCGCGCAAAAUGGCCGUCGGACCCGACGUCAACUUUGAGGAACUCGCGCGGUCUACGGACGAGAUGAACGGCGCACAGCUCAAGGCGGUGUGCGUCGAGGCGGGUAUGAUUGCCCUGCGCGAGGGCGCCACCGAGCUCGACCACGAGCACUUCUUGGGCGGCAUCCUCGAGGUGCAGGCGCUGAAAAAGUCGGACCACUUUUACUACGCGUAG